UCACAAAAAAUUUUACUCGCGCACGGGGUGUCAAAUCUUGUGGUUGCCGGCUCAUUUUCAAAGAAACUAGAAUAUAUUCGCAGAAUACAGUAAAGGUAAGUAUUGCCCAGGUUAAGUAUAUCCUAAUUUAUAAUUAGAUGAGACUGAGAGAUGAUUAUUUCUGUUCCUAAUUUUUUCUGACUGGUCGAUCGCAAGUCACCACCAUGUGCUUCCUAACUCUUUAACAAAACCACCUCUUGAGCCCUACAUUAUAAGUAGUAUAGUAUCUUCUCCAAACUACAACAUCUAGGAGAAAAUCGAUAAUCCUGCUCUUCUCUCAUUCUCGUUUUUUCUCAUCUCCAAUCAAGUUUGAGGUUAGGUUCACCCACGGCUCUAGAAACCGAAAGAAUCGAAUCAUCCUUGCAUUAAUCAACUUCUUACGAAACGUCAAUUGGAGUUUAAAAUAUUCUUGUUCAACGGUACUCAGUUUUUUUACACAUUUCCCGCAAGCUUAUUCACAAAAAUUGUAUUUCAGAUGUACAGGGUACCAAGCACUGUGAGAACCCUUGCCCUGCGUAAGUUGCAGCAAACAUACCAGGUGCAACGUUGGUAUGCCAAAGAUGUCAGAUUCGGGUCUGAAGUUAGGGCUCUUAUGCUCCAGGGAGUGGACAUAUUAGCAGAUGCUGUAGCUGUUACAAUGGGGCCAAAGGUUAGCUGUGAUAAUUUUUCAGAUAAACUAUCAACUAUGUCCAAUCUAUUAAAGUUACUGUGUGCACUAUUGCAUUGGUCUAUUGUAUCUAGGUUGUUUUAAAAAGUCUGUUGUUUAAAUUAUGAGAUAUUUUAGCAGUAACAGUAUUUCUAGAUAUGUAUAAAGUAUCACUGGGAGUAUUAUUUAUAAAUAUAUAUAUAUAUAAAAUCGUUUAAAACAAUGGCAGUUUAAGCCACUGACAUUGUUUUCAGCUUUUGAUUAUGAAGGUUCACAAUGUGAAUAAAAUAUUAUUUUUAAGAUACAGUUCACAGGGUAUUCAGGUUACAGAAAAAGGUCAUUUUCAACAAUUCUUUUUCAAUAGUAGACUAAAUUAUGUUAGCUCCCACCUAGGACCUUUAAAGCAAAUCAGCUAGGGGACAACUUACAGAUUUCUUAAUAAUUCCAGUUCUCAUAAAGUCAUAAAUCAUACUUUUCAUGUAAAUAUAGAUACUUGAUCUGAAUAUAAAUGUAAUAAAAUUGCUUAAAUCAAAGACUAAUCUUUACCCACCUGUCUCAUAUCAAAUCUUUGAUCUCUAUAUAAAUUUCUUACUCAUAUUUUAACAUAUCAAAAUACUGAAAAAACAGAGCAUAUGAUUCUCAAACAAUGUCUGUAAUUCAAAAAUAUGUGUGGUUGCAAUGGUCUCCUGGCCUAUUGGUUUAGGAAAAAGAAGUACUUUUCCUGAUUUUUGUUUACUCUCUCUGAACAUUUUUUAAUAUUUAGCUUUAAAUUUGUUUGUACAGUGGUCAGUGACUUGUUGGUGACAGUGUCUGGUACUGGCCAUGUCAGCCAAAUCAAAAGAAUUUGUGUGGCAGCACACUGGACACAAUCACUAACAGGUUGGUGAUAGCUGUGUGAAUAGAGAUUGUAAGCAUACAAUUAAUAUUUAAGACUGAUUUAGAGGUACUUAAUUAUUUAAUUACUCUUACACAAGAAAUUUAAACUGAUGUGAUUGAAGAAUUUUUAUCAAAAUAAUUACUAUAUUUUAGGGACGUAAUGUCAUUAUUGAGCAAUCAUGGGGCUCCCCCAAAAUUACAAAAGAUGGUGUAACAGUAGCAAAAGGUGUGGAAUUGAAAGACAAGUUCCAAAACAUUGGUGCUAAGUUGGUCCAGGAUGUGGCUAACAACACAAAUGAAGAGGCAGGAGAUGGAACCACCACAGCAACAGUUUUGGCACGCUCAAUUGCCAAAGAAGGUUUUGACAAUUUGGGUAAGGGUGCAAACCCGGUUGAAAUCCGCAAAGGUAUCAUGCUAGCAGUGGACAAGAUCACUGAAACUCUGAAGACCCUUUCCAAGCCUGUCACCACACCAGAGGAGAUUUGUCAAGUGGCCACCAUUUCUGCCAAUGGAGACAGCUCGGUUGGCAAUCUGAUUGCCGAUGCCAUGAAGAGAGUUGGAAAGGAAGGUGUCAUCACUGUCAAGGAUGGCAAGACACUCAAUGAUGAGCUGGAGAUCAUUGAGGGAAUGAAGUUUGAUAGAGGAUACAUUUCACCAUAUUUUGUCAACACCAGCAAAGGUGCUAAGGUUGAAUACCAAGAUGCUUUGGUACUGUUCAGUGAAAAGAAGAUCUCCUCAGUACAAAGUAUUGUACCUGCUCUUGAACUUGCCAAUGCUCAGAGGAAGCCACUCAUCAUCAUUGCUGAGGAUGUUGAUGGUGAAGCUCUAACAACUUUGGUUGUGAACAGACUCCGCAUCGGGUUACAAGUAGCCGCCGUGAAAGCGCCUGGUUUCGGCGACAACCGCAAGGCUACAUUGUCUGACAUGGCGAUCGCCACCGGAGGCAUUGUUUUCGGCGACGAUGCGAACAUCGUUAAGCUGGAGGACGUAAAACCGUCCGAUUUGGGCCAAGUAGGCGAGAUUGUCAUCACCAAGGACGAUACGCUGAUGCUGAAGGGCAAAGGCAAGAAGGAGGAUAUCGACAGGCGCGCCGAUCACAUCAGGGAUCAGAUCGAGAACACUACGAGCGAGUACGAGAAGGAGAAAUUGCAGGAACGUCUGGCUCGCCUGGCAUCCGGCGUGGCCGUCCUGAAAGUAGGCGGCAGCAGCGAAGUGGAAGUGAACGAGAAGAAAGACCGCGUCACCGACGCUCUGAACGCCACCCGCGCAGCAGUCGAAGAGGGCAUCGUGCCUGGCGGCGGCACCGCUUUGUUGCGCUGCUCCAAGAGCCUGGACACCAUCAAGCCCGCCAACAAUGACCAGCACAUCGGCAUCGAGAUCGUCAAGAGGUCGUUGAAGGUGCCGUGUAUGACGAUUGCGCGCAAUGCUGGCGUAGAUGGCGCUGCGGUCGUUGCCAAGGUCGAGCAGCAGGAUGGCGAUUACGGGUACGACGCGCUCAACGGAGAGUAUGUCAAUAUGUACGAGAGGGGCAUCAUCGAUCCUACCAAGGUGGUGAGGACAGCGAUCGUAGACGCAUCUGGCGUAGCAUCUCUGCUGACGACAGCUGAAGCAGUCAUCACAGAAAUCCCGAAGGAAGAGCCCCCAAUCCCGGCAGGCAUGGGUGGCGGCAUGGGGGGAAUGGGUGGUAUGGGAGGCAUGAUGUAAUCACUGCCCCAGCCCUUUUCGAAUAGAUUAAUUCCCCAGUGCGUUUGCCCAAAGACACUUUCAUCCGGAAGCCAAAAUGUUCCGUUAUAGUAUUGGCUGCUCUCCCUUUUUUAUAUACUUUAUACAGCGCCCGUGAUAGGCCGGAAAUAUUCGUGUAUAAUUUCUCUUAUUUGUAGCACACGAAUCUUUGUGAAUGUAUGUGAAAUUGAGUGUUUCUGUGAACAUGAUCAAAAGCGGUUUCUGCACAGGCUGUGUAGUUAAAAUCAACUGUUAAGUUCGCCCAGGAAUCUGCUAGGAACCGGUUUUGACCAUCGUACUGAUCUGCAUUUAACUGUUUGGUUCAGAACUGAUGUAGUUUUAUAAUGAUUCUGUAAAGGUAUAUUGUUAUAAAUAUAUUGUUUAUUCUUUUUUA